AUGUCGGAAUACUGGAAGUCCACCCCCAAAUACUGGUGCAAGCACUGCAGCGUCUACGUCCGCGACACCAAGCUCGAGCGCAGCAACCAUGAGUCCACCGGCAAGCAUCAGGGCGCCCUGAAGCGCUUCCUCCGAGAUCUUCAUCGCGGCCACGACCGGGAGGAGAAGGAGAAGGAGCGGGCCAAGCGCGAGAUCGACCGGCUGAACGGCGUCGUGGGAAGCUCCAGCGGCAGCGGCAGCGCCAGUGGCAGCAGUGCAGGUCCCAGUUCCAGCGCCCCGCGACUACCGGCAAAUGCGCGCACGACAGAGACCCAGCGCCAGAAACAGUGGGAGCAGCUGGCCGAUCUGGGCAUCGAUGUCCCGACGGAGCUCCGAGGCGAUAUGGCCAUGGCAGGCGACUGGCAAGUCACCAACAUGCGCGUCGUCGACGACACCCCCAAGACGGACGAGAACGGCAACCCCAAGGUUGACGCCAUAGCCACCGGAGUGCGGAAACGCGUGAGGAAGGAGGGCGAGGAAGAGGAAGAGCAAGCCAUGGCCGGUCUCUUCAAGAAGCCCCGGAAAUGGGGCCGCGAUACGAAACAGGCUCCGGAAGAUGAUGCCGAGCUGGACGCCCUGCUGACUGGUUCCCUGGCGCCCAUCAAGAGCGAAGAGAAGAUAAGGGCCAAGAGUCCCGCGGAGACCAAGCUCAAGAAAGAGGAAGACCAUACCCCAGUGAAGGAUGAGCCAUCAGAAGACGAUCGCGGCGUCCCUGAUAUGGUCAAGGCAGAGCCAAGAGCCACCAGUGAUACCUUGGUCAAGCCUGAAGAGGCUUCGGAGGCCGGCGGUUUUGAUGUUCCCGCCGUUGUUUUCAAGAAACGCAAGCCAAAAAGCAUACGCCAAAAGUAG